UAAAUCGCGCAAUUUUAAUAAAGAGUGCAAAUAGAUAUAAUAUUUAAUUUAUCGCGAGACGAUCUUGUAUAUAGUACACAGUGAUAUUAUCCGGAUACAAAUAUUUCAUGACGAAACGCAAGCACAAACGAUCGCGGAAGAAGGCGAAAUUUCUGAAGGUGCAGGAGUCUUCUCAGAAAAAUGUCCGGCCGGGAUUCUUUGAUCGGAGAAACGAAGAUAAAGAAACGAGCGAUGCUUCGCAUCCGCAUCAAUGUUCUCCGGAAUCGGUGCUGUUCGAAUCGCCUCACGUGGACCCGCUCUGCGGUAAUAAGCUCAGUCCGGAGAUCGUUUCCAAACAAUCUAAGACGAAAUUGGAGGGCUUCAAGAAUGAUUCGGAAAUCGAGAUCGCUGCGCGGAUGAUAGAGCAAUCGAGUCCGAUCUCCUCCAAGUAUUGCAAGUCGAAGCUUCGGAUUUACGAUACCAACUGUAUCAAUGAUUAUUCUAAUAAUUUAGAAAACUGUGAACGCGAGCAGAAUGCUAUCAAAUCGAUUGCCAGCGAGCCGUUCGAUCUCACGGAGAAUUAUUCAUUUUGUUUAUCGUCCUUGAGCAAUGAGACAAACAACAAUAGAAUGGCCAAUAUAACAUACGAUGAGAGAUCCUCGAAUACCGUUGAUGAAGAGGCCUAUCGAAAUAUUUCGAGAUCAACGAUAUUUCGCUCCAAUUUGGAAUCUCAAUCGCGUGACGACGUAUGCAUUUUCGCGAAUGUCUUAGAACCUGCGAAUUUCGAUGAAAAACGAUCUCCCAGCUCGAAUCAACGAGAAGAUCACUAUAAUAUAUUUGAAACGAUAGACGAUUGUUAUUUAUUAGAUAAGACGUUUUCGAUGAACGACGAUCUCAUGCGUGACAUAAAUGGUUAUCUGGACGAGCAAUCGUCGACGAUGAUCGCCAACAAAUUGGGGAUGGAUCGCAUCUCGAAACCCCGACAUUUCGAGAUUUUAUGCGAGACCGACGAGCGGAGCGAGCUCGGAUUAUCAGUCCGUAAAUCCGUCGAUGGAUCUGACGAUGGAUUGCGAAAUAAUUUGGACAAUAACAAGAGGAGGACAAUAAAAUCGAGCGACAAUAAAAAAUUCGACGUCGCGCUCGAGAAGAUCGGCGAACGUUUGACAGCGAAUUGGCGUGAGUUCCGAAAGAUCUUCGCGUAUCUGCGGCGAAUGAACGGCGCGGGCGGGAAGACUCGCGGCGCGGACCGCGAAGACGACGACGCAGUCGAAACUAGCGAGUUCUUGUUACACAAGUACAGGAGGUUCUCCGACAUCUCCGUCUCGACAUUGUCCCUGCCCUCUAUGUUUUGCACAGCUUCGACUUCGCCGAGGAAACUGAACCAUCAGCAUGAAUCAAUUAAUGAAUGCGAAAGAUCGAAACGAGAAACCGAAAGCGAAAAAAGCGAAAUUCCGCCGGAGUCCACAACGCCUCGCAUCGGAUUGAUGAAUCGCUGUCGCCGAACGACCUUAACAUUCGGGGAUGAGGACGAAGGAGAGGCGGCGAGGCACCGGGAACCGGCAGUUCGCGCCCCGGACAUCACGGAUCCGCUUUCGGAAAUGAAGAAGAAAGAUGAGGAGCGUUCGCUUCUGUUAGAUUUGCCAUCGUUCUGUAAAAUGCCUCAUCAAGACGUCAGCCACUUCCCGGAAUCAACGACCGCUUCCAAACUGUCUGGUCAUGAUUGUCGUAGCGACUCUCUGCAAAAAACAGAAUAUCACUGGAAUGGCUCUCGUAAUCACCAGGCACCCCAAACGGUUCGAAACACUCCCAGUCACGUAUUUCGACGAAGAAACAUUACCCGUACGAUAAUCACAUGGGUGAUCGCUAUUAGCAUUUGGCUGAUAAAGAAAUUGCUGCAUCUCGUAAAUGUUGGUUACAAAAAACUGCAACAGAAAUUGAUCGUUCCGCCUUUAUGGAGUUGUUGGACAAAGAAAUUUGAUCAUCUGGUGGAAACAAUGAAUUCCGAAAAGGAAAUGUUGCAUGCAAUGUCGGAAAGGAUGACGCGACUUUCGGAAGAUUUCGACCAGAUACGAACAAACACCGAAACCACUCUUAACGCUCUGACAACCAAUAUGAACAUCUUUCGUGAAACUAGUAAAAAAAUGACGGAAGAUAAUACGGCAUUGCUUCUGGAGCUAAAGAAAUUGCGUGAAACGCUAGAGGAAGUCCGACUGAAAUCUUCGCAACAGGUCUCCUUACCUACUUCGUGUCCUUUUCCUCAUUCGUCUGCAUCUCCUUUUUCACCAUCAUCACCACCACCACCACCACCACCACCACCACCACCACCACCACCACCAUCAUCACUACCACCACCUCCGCUAUCUCUUUCAUUUCCUCCAAAAGCGCACACCUCGAAAUCAGAAUCUUCAAUACCACCCCCACCUUCUCCGCUUCAUCCUUCAGUUUCCUUGCAAUCUCAAAUGCCAUUGAUACAACCGACGACUCCUAACAGUAGCAGAAGCAGGACACCCACAAGAAAGUGUUCCACGCCAUUGUGCAACAGGCCUAAGAUCACCGUCGAGGACUUACUGAAAGUCACCUUGAAAAAGGCUCCACAAAGUAUCAAAGAAAACAGACGAAACACUGUACCAGGCCCAAGAGGUCCGAUCGUGUCCUUGGAAAUGUUGCGUAAUGUAAAGCUGAAAUCCGCGAAGCGUAGACCUAACGAUCAAACUGGAAGAUCGCCCAGAAACGGUCGAGUCGUUAAAAACCGUAUCGCAUCAAAUGUCAAUCUCUCGCCGAUUUUGACUGGUUCGGAAGGCAAUUUGGAGCGAAUCCUGCGGCGAGUAGAUCUAAACAGACCGAGGAGACUCUUAUCCAGCUCAAGCAGCUUCCGCGAACGCGAUAUCACAAGGGAGACGCAGUGUCAGUCGUUGGAAACAUUGGCGUACAGCCAAUCACAAUCCAUGCUUAAAUGACCACAGUAUUAUAUGA